AUCUUUAAAAGAAUGAUUACAAUUCUCUUAAUAUUCGCCGCUGCGGUAGCCGCAUCCCACUGUGGCCCACUAAUAAGUCUUCCGCGAAGUCCCGUCAUCAGUUCAUAUACACUGUAUACAAAUGAAAGACCAAAUAAUGGACAACAAAUACUAUUGACCACGACUUCCGUUAACGCUCUCAGCAUAAGGUCAUCAACUAAAUGUGCAAUAAUCGUGCAUGGCAUCAACGAUCGAGGAUUAGGCCCAAUGAGCACAGUCGUACGUGAUGCUCUUCUUACAAGUGGUACCACGAAUGUUAUUGUUGUGGACUGGUCAGGAGGAGCUGUUGAGGAAUGGGCCACACUUUCUUUAGAGCAAGUCUCAAAAGACGCAGUUGAAUUAAUCAGACUGUUGACAAUAACCAGUAGAGCAAAUCCAUCGAAUCUUCAUCUUAUCGGAUUUGAUAUGGGAGCUCAUAUCGUUGGUCUCAUUGGCAGAACAUCUACUUACACCAUAGCCAGAAUUACGGGUCUUAAUCCGGCUAAAUCUUUAGAACGGCAUUCAAACGCUUUGAGAAGAGGCGAUGCCAAUUACGUUGAAGUUAUACAUACGGAAACAUCCACGCACGGUAUUUUGAAUGGUGUUGGUCAUGUUGAUUUUUAUCCUCACGGUGGCAUGGACCAACCCGGCUGUGCGAACGAUACUGCGUGUAGCCAUAACCGCGCUUGGGAAUUAUUCGCCGCUUCAUUGACUCACGGUCGUAAUAUUGGCUAUAGAUGUCCGAGCCAACGCGAAGCCACCUCAUCAGAACCUUGUACUGGGUUUACUCUGGCUGUGGGCACAAAUGAUUUGGUUAAAUACGGGUCCGGUGUGUACCGUCUUGAAACGACUGACGUGUACCCAUAUCGCUGCUUGGUCAAGUGCGGCCUGGUCGACAAGAUUAUAAAAGCAAUUGAAAUGUUACUUGAUCCAUAAGGCAUUGAACAAGAGACUAUCACUGUAUUUUAUGCAUCGUAUAUUGGUUAAUGCAAUUCAAAUUAAAACUUA